GCGCCGGGAGCCCAUCGGAAGGCGCCGAGAAGGCAGCGCUCCCAAUGAAAGGCAAUCGGGGGGCGGUGCAGACAGGCGGCGCUGGACUUUAGCGCCCAGCGGUGCAGCCAGCUGAGGGACAGCUGGGCAGCUGCGGCGGGGCCCGCAUCCUCUGCAGACGACAAUUUGAGGCGUUCUCUACGUGCCGCGAAGAGGACGCGGGGCAAGGGGGUGUUAAUGUUUCACUCCCACUCGGAGAUGGGAGGCGGCGGGGACUCGGCGCACAGCUGGACGGUAAAGGUGGCUGAAGAGCCAGGCAACAGCCACAGAUUGGUCUCAGUUCAAGUUUAAACGGGCAAGAAAGCGGGAGGAAGAAAUUGCAAAGAAACAGACCAAGAUAGGUUUUUGCAUUAUAGAGAGACAUGGGUAAUUUCAAAGGUCAUGCUCUGCCUGGAAGUUUUUUCCUCCUCUUUGGCUUGUGGUGGUCAGUGAAGUACCCGCUAAAGUAUGUCUGUCGAAAGAACAAGAAUGCUUGUUACCUUGGUUCCAGAGCAGGAUUUCAGCGCUUGGAAUUUAUUGAGGGGAUCGUCAAAGCAGUAUUUGCCCUGAUUGGUAUGCUAGCUGAGCAGUUUGUUCCUGAUGGGCCUCAUCUGAAGUUGUAUAAUUAUGAGGAAAAACACUGGGAUCACUUGAUGAACUGGCAGCAUGCCACCAUGUAUCUCUUCUACAGCAUCUCAGGGCUGGUUGACAUUGUGGCUCAUGGCACCAGUGCAUUGCCUGUGGCCUUGGAUAGGAUGAUGCUUUCAUUAGCAGUUUUCAUUGAAGGUUUUCUCUUUUAUUACCACAUACAUGGGCGAGCCAUGCUGGAUUUUCACGUUCAUCAGUUACUUUUAGUGGCUAUCUUUGGAGCAGCCUUUUGCAUAUUUCUGGAAGUCUUCUUCCGUGGCAGCAUUGUCCUUGAGAUGCUCCGGACAAGUCUCUGCAUUCUGCAAGGUAGCUGGCUCUGGCAGAUUGGUUUUGUACUUUAUCCUCCAAAUGGGAGACUGGAAUGGAACCAAAUGGAUCACAAUAAUAUGAUGUUCUUGACAAUGUGCUAUUGCUGGCAUUAUGCCUUUGCUUUUCUUAUACUUGCAGUGAAUUACAGUAUUGUCAGCUGGGUAGUUCGUUCAAAGAUUAAACAGGCCCAGUCCGUGGAGAUGGGAUUACUGAAAACAUCUGAACGAGAUCAGGAAUCAGAAGACGAAAUCUAGUUUUGUAUAAAUUCUGUUUUACCACUUUGCCUUCUUCACCAUUAAGAUAAUUUUUACCUCAUUUCUAGACUAGUUUACCAUUUUGUUUGUUCUUCAUAUAACUCGCUAUGCAAGUAUCAUCCAUAAAGUACUGUAUGUACUUACUUCUACAUAAUUAGAUUCUUAUUUGCAGAGUGUAGGCCUGAUAUUAAUUUGUGGUGUUUCCAUUAGUACAUUGUUCAUCACACGCUUUAGUGGAAAAAUAUUUUCCUAUUAGCUGAACUUAGAUUGGAUGGGGUGACAUUGUCAAGUAAAAAUCAAUUCAGCCCAUUAAUAGCUGAGCAACAUGUUCUCCUCCUGCUGUUGGAGAAACUGGUAAAUUUCCAAAUAUAAAUAUGUCAAAAAAGCUAAAUUUGCUGAAUUGCCAGCCAUGUACAUAAAAUAACUGUACAGAACUUUAAAACAAUGGAAUAAGCACAUUAUUGAUGGAGACCUACAUCUGCAUUGUCAAGUAUAUUGAAGGAUAUCUUUGCUUGUAGUUUCAAAUGAAAUUGCAAAAAACUGCAAAUUGCAAACCCAUGUAGCAUUUAUCUACACAGUCUAUCCUUUGUUCGUUACAACAUGUGCUCUACCAAAUUUCUGCAAGGAGAUCAAAUAAGUGUAGAAAUGACCACUGGGAUUGCUCAUCAUGAGGGGAAGUUACUCAUUGCAGUGACUUGACACUCCUAUCACCCCUGUGCUUUGACAAGCAGUACAUUGACCCUACUUUACAGCCAGGGGCAUUGGAACAAUUUUUAUAGUGGGGGUGCUGAAAGCCUUUGAACAAAACUGUAAACCCUGUAUAUGAUGGAAACCUUACAUCAAGCCGGGGGGGGGUGUGCUGCAGCACUCCCAGCACCCUUAGUUCCACAUCGCUGUUCACAGCAAGUAUAGCAGCCUUUUAUAGAAAGGCUUGUGUGUGUCAAACAGAGCAACGUCAGGCGUCCAAGUUAACUCUGUACCCUAAAUUCAGCUCCUUUCCCAUACUGCAAUCUGGUGGGAUUUCAGUAAGGCACUGGGGCAGUCACAUGACUGGAUGCAGUGCACAAAUCCACAUGCUGUGCUCAGCAAUGGCAGCAUAUGUGCUUGGAUGCAGUCUGCAACUGAGGGACCUGAUCUGAUCUCUGUGCACUCUCUUGGAGGACGUUGAUCAUUGUAGAACAGAGUGCGGUAUGGACACAUGCACACAGUGAUCAUUUUAAAAUCAACUCCGCAGGCUUCUUUGUGCAUUUCUGAAUGUAUAGUAAUUUGUAUUGUACAAAUGAUUCUGUGAUGCCAGGUUUCUUCCACUCCUGCUGCAGUAAGGAUACAUUCCAAUAUGAAUUGUAGGAUUAGGAAAUGACUAAUACAUGGCAAAGAACAUUAGUGAGCCUUAUUGCAUGGAAGCAUACUGCCCCCAGGGGGUUCAAUACUUGAAGUACAUCUGUAACACAACUCAUUCUUCAAAAAGCCUAUAGUAGUAAUUGGUCAUGACUGGACAUCUGCCAUUCAGCAACAAUUACUCCUGGGAGAAUUCGGCAACAAAAAAUUAAAAACUCUGUUCACAAUAUUUUAAAAUUCUGCAUAUUUUAUUUGUCAAAAUAAUGCAAUAUAAUCACUCUGGUUCCAAUUAUUUUGGUAAUUUAUUUAAACUGCAAUAUAAUGGAUAGAGAAUGGGAGUGGGGAACAGAUCACCUUGCCUAAUAGUAAUGUAGCUAGGUUUGACCCUUUAUUUCAAGUCAACAAAUAUAUGCAGCCAUAUGCUCAGUGUUACAACAUAGGCAAAUGAAGACCAAGUAAGGGCAGGGGAAUCAAACUCACAAUUUAUGUUGGCUACUGACCAUCUCUGAAAGGUCACUAGCCAACAGUUCAUGGAGCACAUUGUGAUAGGAAAUUUUUUCAGUCCAAAAAUUUAGAGCAGUUCUAAUUACUAAAGCACCAUCAGCAUUUAUAAGGCCAUACUGUCUUUUAUCCUGGGCACUCUGGCAAUGUAAAGAAGCCUUAACACUUUUACACCUGUUUUAUACUCCUGGGGAAAUUCACAAAGACAAUGGGAACACUAAGCAGGCAGGCUGCUACAUUCUGCUCUGCCUGAGGGGACAGAGCCUGCCCCAUGCUUACCUCCUCAGAAACACCCCGAAGCCUGCCCCUCCAUGCUGAGCAUGCUGCAACAGCAAGUGAGAGGGACAGAGUGUCUCUCUCUCUCUCUCUCUCUCUCUCUCUCUCACGUGCAUCCCCCUCCCGGCAGUGAUUUACGUUUCUACCGGCUGCCCAAACUGACCUGCCUGCACUGCUGGGAAGGGGCACAUGACCGCUCUUGUGGCUUCCCUGCCAGAAGUCAUUUUUCUGUGGAGAAGCAAAGAAAUCUGCGGGGGACAUGAAUUCUGUGCACGCACAGUGAUGCAAAAUUCCCCCAGGAGUAAACAGUUGCUGUUAUUGUAGGUUCCACUGCCAGAUAAGUGAGUACAAUAGGAAUUCUGAAGGCAGUGAUACACAGCAGCCAUCAACUGUAGGGCAGUUACUCUGCAAAAGGAGCCUCUUGCUUUCAGAAUACAUCCUUUUAAAAUAUUAAUAUUUAUAUAUUGUACACAUUGCAUUUAAAAACAGGAUGUUGCACAGUAACGUAAUGUAAAAAUUCCAGUUGGACAGUAAUGUAAUGUAAAAAUUCCAGCCCACUGAGUCUGAAACUAGAGACAUACUUUUUUUUCUCUUAGUGGUCUCAUGUUUUCAUCAGACACUCCAAGGCAAGAUCCCAGUUCUGCAGUCCUUAUGUAAGCAGUCAUACUCACUGAUGGAGGUGAGUAAGGGCGGCAGGAUCUGGACCUAAAUUUGUGGGCUUCAUCUGAAUUUAUCCUUGUCCCUUCGAUAUAAAGCAGAAAAAAAGUAUAGCUUAAAUAAAGCUAAUUACAGUAAGCCUAUAUAAAACUAUUAUUUAAAGUAGUUUAUAGCUGUAAGGAAACCCAAGGAUAAGGAGAAAAGCUCAAGACCCUUUACCUAUAGCUACUUUAUCUUUAAAUGCACACAAAUACACUAUAGACUAAAUUUUUCAGGGAAUCUUCCCUUCAGCUGCCAGUUCUUUAAAGGUUGGAGCUGGUCACUUUAGAAGAAUUUCCGGCUUUUCAGAGCUUUUCUAAUAUAAGCUACAUUUUAAAAUCUUUAACUCUGACCUAAAUUUAAAAAUGGUGCACAUGUUAAAUUGACCGUUAAGCACUUUGCUCAGGUACAGCACAGGCAGCAGCAAUGCAAGCGUUCUCAUUGCCCUGCCAAUAACCAUACUUAGUACUGUAAAACUGUUAAUGUGCCUCAAGCCCUGAUCUGAAGGGACCAUGUAAGCAGGAGAAGAGGGCAGUAACUCACUGAGCACUGGAAACGUUAAAGGAUGCAGUUUGCUUGGAGUAUUUUUUUCAAUAUAAAAGAUUUUAGAUGGUCACUUUGAAUUACUUCUGGUCCCCACCAAGUAUCUUGCUACUUGUCUCUAGAUCUGAGAAUAAUUAUGGAUUACUAAUAAAUAUGAACCUGAAUCAAAACCUUGGAACAGAACACUCCCAAACUUUCCAUCUAAAUUCUUAUACUACCCAUCACUGUGAGAUGGGAAAGUUUAGAUCCAGAUCCAAACUUUACAGUUGGUAUCCAUUGCUAAAUAAUCAUUUGUUCUUCUGUAGUGCCUUUCACUGGAGGCUUUUGCAACUCUUUGCAAACCUUAAUGAAGUCUGCUUCACAAUACUCCUGUGAGUUAGGUGUCAUUGCUCCCAUUUUAUAUAUGGGCAUUUCCAUAUCAGCAGGGUUUAGUCAUACUGCAGUCCAUGACAUUACCUUCAUAGUGCAGUUGAAACUCAGGAGGAAGUGGUACCUACCCCACUCUGCAAAUCUAGGAUUUUUGUGGCACUCGAAGGGCCAUAUUCUCCCAUUAAUUACACUAGUGGAGCCUCAUGAAAAUAAAAUUUUCUGCGGGCAUAAAUGAAGGCAGCUCCAUUGAGUUCAAAAGAAUUUUGUCUGUUUACACCAGCAGAAGAUUUGGCUCAGUGUGGUUGUCAUUGAACCAGAGACAAUGACCAUAAUAAAAAAAAAUGUCCAUAGGGCAGCCUGGGGUUGAACUCAAGGUGCUAACCAGAGUUAAAAGCAGCAUUGCUGUGUCUUAAUUGCUAUUCUAACCUGAGUUAUCCAAUGUGGAUUAGCUAACCAAAUGAAGAAUACACUUUUCUGGAGGGGCAAUGUAGACAUACCCUAAAAGUGGAUGCCUCUUUGCUCCUCCUUUCCCUGUCUCAGCCCUAGAAUUCUGACACUGAACUCUUGGAAUUACCAGAGUUCAGGUAAUUAAACCCUGGCAUAAUUCCAUCAGUGGUGAUAAUGCCAUAGGUUGUUGUGAGGGAAAAAUCAGAUAUGAUUCACAAUCUGCUGAGAAGGGACAUGUACAGCUCCCUGUGCUAGAUUUAGUGAGUGAUCCAUUCAGGUGUCUGAGAAUUGGAUGACCAAGUUUGCUGGGUACAUUUUGUCUGUUUUAGGCAGAUAGAAAUCUCCAGAAAUGACACUUCCAGAAUUCCAAUUUAGAAGUUAGAAGUCAACACUUUUUGUAACUAAUCCUAUCAUUCAUUUUAUGCACAAAAUACCUCCUUUUACUAAAGAUGGCAUUACAAAGAGGCAAAAUAAAAACAGAUUUUAAAGUGUUCAGGAUGUUCAAUAAUUUUCCCUCCAAGUUUUUCUUCCCCUAUCUCAUGCUGUCUUUACCAAAUCUGUCUUGUAGACAAGCUUCUUACUCUACUGUAAAGAUGGAACUGAAUUUAUACCCUACCUCUCAACAAAUACAAGCAUUGGCAUAUGUUGGAAUCUGAACCUUAAUAUCAAGGCUGACACGAACUCUGUAAUGGACCAAAUCAAAACCGCAGAGCUGAAUACACCUGCACCCCAAACCUUAAAAUGUUCAAAAUCCAGAUCUGAAUCUUUCAGCUCAGGCCCAUCUCUACUCUAAAGCUAGUAACUUACUGGCUUCUCAUGGUUCAUUGUGAGUAGUUGUUAACACAUAAGGCUUGAUCCUACUAAGUGGUGAGACCUCAACAUCCACUGACUUAAGGUGAGAAUGAUAAAUAUUAUUUCAGUGAUGCUUUUGUCUCUCUACCCCACAAAUACUGCAGUAUAACGCCUACUUUCAAAUGAUAAGAAAAAUAAGAAACUAACUUCAAUACAUGCACAAUUAUUUGAUGAUUUAAAUGUCUCAAAUUUGGAGACACAUGGGAAAAAAACAGAUGCUAGAGCCUCAAAUUUUAAGACUUCUUGAAUUUCUGUACAAAUGUCUGGUAUUAAAAUGAUCAAAUACAAGUAAAAGCGAAGGGAAAACUCUAAUAUAAAAAGGUGCAGUCACUUUCUCAAACUGUCUAGUAUUGUUGUAAUAACAAAAGGAAAGAAACCAAGCAGUAUAUUUUUAGGAAGAAAUUUUUUUUUAAAGCAGAAAGAUUCAUCGGGUGUCUUCAAAGGCUGUUCCUGAUUGGUUAUGUUUUGAACACUACUCUCUGUUAACACUAAAGAAAUAUGACCUUUGGCAUUCCUUUAUCAAUAGUUUCUGUUUGAAUGCAGGGAAGGGAUGGAAGUAUGCCGGGUUUACACACAUACCAUUUGAAAAAUAUAGUGCUUUACUGAAACCUUAAGUUAUUGUUAAAUAUUGGUGCCUUUAAAAAAAAACCACAAUAGUUCAUAACAAACAAGACGUGCCUGUAAUUUUAUUUAAAUAAAACUGAUU